AUGAUUAAAAAAUUUAUAAAAGGACACAUUAGCAAGUUUCUAAACUUAUGGUAGUAGGAACUAGAAUUAAAAAAAGAGUAAGCAAACCCAAUAGACUCAAUGUUAAGAAACUACCUUAAAGAAAAUAAAGCAUUAGGCAGUAAUGACAGAAAAUUAUUUACUGAUAAUGUUUACAAGCUAGUUAGACAUAAAGUGUAUUUAGAUACGAUUUCACCCAAACCACUGUCAUGGGAAGGCCGUCUUGACACUAUUUAUACAGAGAAAUUUGCUACAUAAAGAAAAAAUAUGUCACUUUUACCUCAUGUGAGAGCAAGCUGUCCAAAAGAUCUAUUUGAUGUUCUUUGCGAUUCUUUUGGUGAAGAAAAAGCAAUUGAAAUAUGCAUGGCAUAAAAUCUAAGGGCUCCUUUAACAGUCAGAGUAAACCCUAUAAAAAUAUCAAGAGAAGAGCUUAUUUAAAAGUGGAGAGAUGUGAACAAAUUUGCAAUCAAGCCUACUGAGUUCUCUCCUUACGGAAUAACAUUUACAACAGACAAAAACGAAAACUUGUAUGAACUACCAGAAUUCAAAAGAGGUUAUUUUGAAAUUUAGGAUGAAGCAAGUCAACUUGCAGCAUUUAAAGUGAAAUGUCAAAUAGGUGACCAUGUCUUAGACUAUUGCGCUGGUGCUGGAGGAAAAUCUUUAGCUUUUGCGCCUUAUCUUAAAGGAACAGGUUAAAUCUAUUUGCAUGAUACAAGAGACUAUAUUUUAUAAGAAGCUAAAAAAAGAUUUAAUAAAGCUGGAAUUCAAAAUGUUCAAUUUCACACAUAAGAAAGCUUAAAUAAUAAUAAAAAUAAAUUAGUUAAAAAAUUUGAUUGGGUAGUAUGUGAUGUACCUUGCACUGGUACAGGUACAUUGAGAAGAAACCCUGAUUUGAAAUAUAAAUUUUCGAGAAAUAGACUAAAAUAUUUUGUAGAUUUGUAAGCAAGUGUUUUCAAGGAGGCUCUGCCUUUUGUUAAACCUAAGACAGGAAAAAUAGUUUACUCAACCUGUUCAUUGCUUUAAGAAGAAAACAUAUUUUAGAUCACAAAAUUUUGUAAAGAAUUUAAUUUAGAAGUAGUAGAUGGAAAGCAUUUCUAAACAACCCCAGGCAAAGAUGUAGAAAUGGAUGGAUUUUUUUGUGCUGUUUUGCAAUUUAAAAAUUGA